ACCGAAAGGCAGAGAGAGAGAGUGAGAGGAUGUGUUGUGUGGAUGUGAUGGACACUCACUCACACAGAGCCACAAACCGCCAAACACAAAUCGCAGCGGAAGCUUUUACCCGGAGCCACUUUGCCAACGUUUCAAAAGGGAAUUGGAAGGCACUUGAAAAGGAAAUCAUUGGAAGGCUUUGGGGAGAGGGAAGGGUUGAAUAUCAAGACCAGCCGAUAGAGCCUCAGGUGUUGAGAUUCUUACAAACACUGGUGUCAGCGGACGGAGAACUUCCAGAGUACUACUGUGCUGCGAUGUUGGAUGAUGUUGAGAUCUAUCACUACGACAGCAACAGUGAGAGAAUUGUCAGUCGGAUUCCCAGUGUACAGACGGCUGUUAGAGAACAGCGCUUCCCUAUACGUGUGGAGGAGGUGAAGACAGAUUAUAUGUGGUUGAAGGAGAAAAUGUUGUAUAUGAUGAAGAGCAGGAAUAUUAUGAGCGGGGCUCACUAUGCCCAGGCGAUAACUGGCUGUGAGGUGAGGGAGGACGGCACUACAGACGAACACUUCACAGUCGCAUUCGAUGGUGAAGAUUUUCUCAGCUUUGACAAAAACGACCUGAGAUGGAUUUCUGCUGUUCCCGAGGCUCAGACCCUGAGACAGAAACUGGACAACGACAGAGACAUGAAUCAGGAUUGGAAACAGGUCCUGGAGAAUGAUUGUCCUACUUGGAUGGAGGAAUACUAUCAGUAUUCAAAGUCCACCUUCCAGCGACAGAGCCGCCCUGACGUCUCAGUCAGUUACAGGAGGGACGUGGGGGGGAGAGCCCUUCUCUCCUGUCUUGUUACUGGCUUCUAUCCGCGGCCCAUCGAGGUGACCUGGACAAGGGACGGCAACACUGUCCACGAGGUGGAGUCCAGCGGUGUAUUACCCAACCACGACCACACCUUUCAGACAGUGAAGCAGAUGGAGCUGGAGACGGGCUCCGCGGGGGAGCAGGGCUUCUCCUGUCUGGUGGAGCACAGCAGCCUCCAGGGGGUGUUGGAGGUGCCGUGGGAUGGGAAAACAGGGAGAACUCCGGCCGGUUCCACUUCCUGGAUCCUGGGCCUCAUCAUCGGGGCUUUGCUGGUGUCUGGGAUUGUGGAGAUUCUCGUCUGGAAAAGAAAACGAGAGCGAAAAGGACCCGGGACUCACCAGUACAGCCGUCCAUCCAGUGAAGAAAGCGGCCAAUCAUCCAAUGGUCAAUUAACAGGAACCCGGAGCGAGUGAGGAACGGAGAAUGGAGGAGCGGAGCUGAGGGACUGAGAGGAGCACAAGCGAAGGCCUGAGGGUCCUGGUGUCUCCUUUGCUCUCAGUCACUGAUUCUCUCUGAGCGUCACUGGUAUAACAGCAGAUUCUGUUCACACUGACGGUGCCUUAUCACAUCAUUGAGACGUCUCAAGUGAAGUGAAUUGACUGUAUUUGUGGGCGAAACAUCACAUUUAAAAAUUCAAGAUUCUCUAUUAAUAGUAAUAUCAAUAACACAAUGAUAUAAAAA